AUGUAAACAACAAUUUCAGUUUUAAAGUAACCGAACUAUUCUUGUACUCUACAUAAUUUUUAGAAGUGACGCUAACAGCGACUGUUAAUUCUAUGAUGUAUAAAAGAUAGAAUAAAUUUGUUCUGUAAGCUUUUCUAGUUUUAAAAAUUUAAUCGUUGUAUAAUAAUGUUUAAUAGAUAUUAAGGAAAAGAUAAAUAACUUCUCUUAACUGGUAGAUAAAAAGAAAGUCAUUUUAUAAAGGCUUAUUUAAUCGCAAUCGUAUGGCUUAGAACAUAUUGCUCAAAUGUAUGUGAAUUUUGUACAAAGAAGGAAUCAUUUACUAUUUAUGUAUGACAUUACAUAGGAACUUUAUUAAAAAUGUGAAUGGUUGUAUUUUGUAUGAAUAUGGAAUAUGAUUCUGAAUCUAGUUGUGAAGGUCAUUUGAGAGAUUUAGAAGCAACAGAGGAUCCUCUAGAAUUGAAAGAACAGCAAAAAGGUGAUAGAGCAUUGCAUUUCUCUACGGCUUUGCCCCAUCAUUCUCUUAAAGAUAUACCAAAGCAGCCAAAUCUGUCACUACAUGCAGCCAAGAAGAGUCUUUCUACACAAGUAAUGGAAUAUUACGAAAAAUAUUCCCAUAGUUCUAAUUUGGAUCAAUACUUUUCAUUACCCACAUCCAAUAUACCUGCUGAAUCUGUUAAGUAUUAUUACAAUGUUUAUGAAUUAAAUUCUAAAUUAAAUAAUAGUAGGCAAGAUUGCAUUGGAGAAGAAUAUAAUUUACAAGCUUAUGUUCCUAGAGAACGACGUAGAUGGAUAAGACCACCAUUAAUUGGUCAAUCUUCAAGCACAGAAAGUUCUACCCUAUAUAUCCAGCCAUUGACAAAUUCACAAUUUCCAUCACCAGAUUUAAAACACACCACACCAGAAAGAAUUUCUGAAACAAAGAACGAAAGUCAAGAAGUACUAGAAAGUACCGAAAGGAAGAUAUCUUCACCUACUUCCAGUGUCGCAUCUCAUAAGCCUUUGGAAUGGGAUAGUGGUGCGGAUGUAGGAUAUUACAAUUCUUUACCUCAUAAUAAACAUAACAACAAGAAAUUAAGCACUAUAGAACGUAUGGCAUUAGCUAGAGGAUGUUCUGCAGCUUUGAGAUUAGACCCAGAAGGUACUACUGAAUCUGGAGUAAUUGGAAAAGGCACAACAAUGCAGCACAAUUCAAAAUCAUUAAAAGCUCCAAAAGCAAGUUCUACUUUAAUAACAGAAAAUAUCUCAGAAUCAGAAAGUGAAAUUGAAAUCACUCCUAUAAUGAAAAAUAUGUUACCAGGCAUAAUUACAGGUAAUGAUAUAAAAUCAAAAGAAAAAUGUUCUCCAAAACAUUCUAAAUUAAAAAGCCUUACAACUCAAAGUCCAAAAGAGAAAUAUCCAAAUAUAACUCUAUCAAAAUCUUCAUUUACUUUUAAAAUACCUUCUGUAAAGUAUUCAACAGAUGGAAAAAAUAUUAUAAAUAAAGACAAUAUACAUAAUGAACAUUUUUAUCCAACUUCUACCUCUCUUUUAAAGAAGAGUACCUCUAUGAAUACAAUAGCUGCACCAACUUCUGAAGAUAUUUUAAAAAGAAGUCAAAGUGAAUUAAAUCUGUAUGCAAAAGAUAAAAACAAGGUAACUUUACCUUUAAUUUUUAAUUCAACAUCUUCUAUAUCUACAGUUGUAAAUAAACCUACUACCUGUGAUAAAGUUAUACAAACAAGUUUAAAUACAUUUUCUCAAGAAUCAAUUGGUAUACAAGUAUCUGUUCAAGAAGAAGAAAAGCCACCUUUACCUAGAAGAGGAACCAGUUGGCAAAAAUCAUUACAGUCCAUUUUAAAAAAUCCAAAGAAUACAUACAAAAUCCAAAAUUCCAGAACAAAUAGCAAUGAUCAUAAAGAUGAUCAUAAGAAUGUUGCUUGUGCUAGAAAAGAAAUAAAAAAUAAGGCAUAUUACAGUAGCUCAGAUAUUUCGCAAAAUGAAUCAACUCCUUUAACCCCUCAACUUGAUGACACAGAAAAUAUUACUGGAAGAGUUAAUAGUUUUGAAUAUUUUCCUGGUCAUAUAUAUGAAAAUGUUCUAAAUGGAAGUGGUAGUCAUGUUUCUUCUGUUGAUACAGGAGAAUCUAAUUCAACUUUUCCUAACACUAGUUCUAGUUUAAGUGAAAAAUUGUGGGGUGAUUCUGACAGUUUAGUACGAGAUUUAGAAAGGAGUGUUAAUAUACUAAAAUCUUUAGUUGAUGCUAAUAAAUGUGACAAACAGGUUAAGAAGCGAUUGAUACAUCAUGUCAUUAAAAGACUUGUAACAGCUAGGUAUGCUGAUGAUAAAAUUGAACAUAAUUUAGAAGAUAAUGUACCAUGGAAUCCAGAUGAUGCUAGGCAAAAAGUCUAUCAAACUGAAAUUUUACACGCUUUAACAAAAAAGCAUAGUACUACUGGUUCAUCUGAUAAUUGGAAAACAAGUACAAAAAAUUGUUCUAUACCAAAGUCUAUGAAAAAUGGUCAAGAGAUAAUAACGCAGGGAACUUUAGCAAGUAGUAACAGUGAUAAAUUUGAUGGAAAUACAGACAGAACAGAAAUGGAUGGAAGAAAAGCAAGAAUUGGUUUAAGAACUGAUAACUGUCAGCAAAGUAGUAAUAUUCCAACAGAAGCAGAUAGGAGUGAAAGUUCUGAUUGUUUUGUUCCACAACAAAACCAGAAAGGCAAUAAGAUAAAGAAUACAUUUUGCUUAAAAGAGAAAUGUAAAAUAUUGCAACGGAAUGAAACAACUUCUACACAUAGUACUCCAUCUGAUCACAAUAGAAUGUUAUUAAAUGCUGUUAUAAGUAGAAAAACUUCGACUAUAUCUAGUAAGAGUACUGAAAAUAACACAAAUUGGAGAUUCCCAACUACAUUAUCCGAACGACAAUUUGAAUUAAAACGAUGUCGAAAUUCCAAUACAGGAGAUUUAAGAUUAGUCAGUUAUGCUGAAAUGGAAAAAAGAAAUCAAAUUGUCUGGAUAACAAAUGAAAUUAAUCACCUUUGUAAUUUAAAAAAAUUAUUGGAACAACCACGAAGACUGGAAAGAUCAAAAAGUUCACCAAGAAAAUCAAAAUCUGCAUCAUCUAAAACGAAACCAGUACAUAUAAUGACGCAUAUGGAAGAAAAAUCUGUUGAUACUGAUUUUGUAUAUAGGAAUGCAUCAAAUUCAAGAAAAAAUUCUAUUGAAGAGCAAUGGUCUUCUCAUUGUAAUUUAGCAACUUGUCACUCUACUGACACUGAUUAUACUAAUAAUAUACAACGCACAAAAAAACGAAAUAGUUCAUCACAAACAGCUACCGAAGCAGUUGAUGCCCAUUCCAAAACAGGAGGAGAAAUUAUAACUACAUCAAAAGCACGAAAUACAAUUAAGUUAGUUAAUAUAGGUGUGCAAACACUCCACGAGGAAGUAUCCACGAUUACUUCUUGCAUACAAAAUGGAACCACACAUUUUACUAAAUGUUUCAUCCAUAAAAAUUUGAUACACUCACCAAAUAAAUGCAAGUAUGUUAAUCAAGAUGAAAAAGAUAUUUCACAAGCUAUAUCAAAUGCGUGUUUAUGUUCACAAGGGCAGUCUCAAAAUUCAUCAAUAAAAAAUAAAUGCCGUCAGAUUUCUACAAAUUCUGAUUUUGCAAAAAAAGAUAGUGAGACAGAUGCAGAAUCGACAAGAUUAUCUUACACAAAUAGUAAUAAGGUAACUUCUUCCCAACAAAUCCACUGUUAUAUGGAUAAGAGCAAAAAUCAAUUAAAACAAAAAGAAACGAAAAAUCAAAUAAAUGCUUCUAAAUCAAAGUACACGUGUAAUUGUCAGUCUACAUUUAAGGCUUAUUGUAACAAUAGUAAAUGUGGCAUAAAUAACAUAAAUAAGAAGACAGUAUAUCAGAAUACAUUACCUGAAACAUGUCGAAUACACACAAAACAAAUACCUACAAUGGAUAUUAUUGGUACUGCUCCUUUUUGUGAGCUAUGUCAUGAAAGGACUUAUAGUGCGUAUAGAAAUUCUUGCAUUUGUCAAAAACAAGAAAAAACCAGUGAAGGUACUUCCGCAACAAUAAAUGGAUGUACAUGUACAAACGAAGUAAUUGAUGAAAUACAAACUAAUAUAUUUACAAUAAGAUCUGAUCGAAGCUGUCUUCAAGAUAGUAGACUCGUUGACUGUAAUAACCAACAGAUAGCUGAUUGUAAUAACCAACAGAAAAUUGUAAAUUUAUGUGGAUGCUCGAAUGUUUAUUCUUGCGAGAAUAAGCUUGAAAGUGAGAUUUAUAUGCCAAAUGCAUCGCACGAAACUUGCUCAAAUUUAAAGGCUGAAUAUAACAGAAGAUAUCAUUCUGAGAACUGCUCAAAAGCAGAGCGGCAUCAAAUACAUACUCGACCUUAUUGUCUAGUUAAUACAGAAGAAAAUGAAACUUCUCUGCAACCAAAAGUACAAACUAGAAUAAAAUGCAACUGCAGUAAGAAUUGUUCUUGUCCUAAUAAAGUUAAAGAAGGUGACAACAACAAUCAUAGAACGAAGUAUAAUACAGAAUCAAAUGAUAUAAAUAGAUCUAAUGCCAAUGAUUCCAAUAAAAAUUGUAAAUGCUGUCGUACAUGCGGCAAGGUAUAUGAAAACAUCAGAAAAUGUAAUUGCCGUCAAACAUAUCCAAAGUCAGUGGCAUAUGAAAUUUCAUUUACCAAGGAGAAUAGUCAAAAAAAUAUUAGCACGAUAAAAAAGAUGCCAUUAUCUAAUACGAUCAAUGAUGCAGUAAAAUCGGAUAAGUGUACCUGUACCAGUAAAAAGCAAAAAGAAAAUGAUCAAAAUGAUAAGAAGGCGACUCUUCAGGAUUAUUUAUCAAAGAACAAACCAGAGUUUAUAAAUAAUGCUGAAACGCGUAGACAGUACGUGUCCGAGAUUGCGCACCUUCGACAGUUAAGGAAAGAAAAACGUAUCCAAUUGCUUGCUAUGGCCAGUACAUCGAAUUCGAUUUUAUUGUCUAAAUCAUUUAAACCAACAGUAAAUGUACAAAAAAGGAUUACCGACGAAGAAAUAAAAGAACGAUUACGUAAACGUUACCGUAGACUGAACGAGGUACGAGUUAAGCGGCGACAGCAAGAAAGGCAAGAAGAAACACGCCGCAAUAAACUCAUGGCCAAAAUUUUUUGUAAAAAGUUACAGCAGAAAGUUUUGAGGGGCCAAGUGGAUCUAUCUCAAAGUGUCAGUGUUAUAUCCAAUUUAUAACAUUAAGAUCUCACCGACGUUAAUCUUUUUAAUUAAAUAAUUCUUAGAUAAAUAAUAUUUAUAGUUUUAUAUCGAAUGAAAAAGAGCACAGUAUUUAAAAUUUUUCUUCGAAAUAUAUUUAAUGAUAUUGCUUAUAUUAUAUCU